AUGAGCAUUCAGCAGUGGAAAGUGACCGAGCCCUACGUGGCGACGAAGUGCAAGCUGGGAGAAGGAGUCUACUAUGUACCAGAAAGGAACGAGCUUCGAUUUCUGGAUAUAAACAGUUCAAAGCUCUAUAUAAUAGACCUGAAUAAGGGGCCUGACUCCCUCAAAGAGAUUGAUACUGGAAUGCCAGUGGGUGUCACAGUCGACAUUGAAGGUGUUGACUCGUCUGAAAUCGUUCUUGCUGGUGCAAAGGAUGGCGUGACGAAGUUCAAUUUGAAGACACAAAAGCACGACUAUGUGGUGAAGUAUUGGUCGGGAGCUGGUGCGGAGGAGAAGACAAAGAGGAUGCGAUCAAACGAUGGUGCUGUCGAUACUGCCGGGCGUUUCUGGGUUGAGGCCUUUGAUGACCCUGAAAUUGGGGACCCAUCAGAUGAAGGAGUUCUCUUCCGAAUGGAUCCUGAUGGCACUCUUCAGACCAUGUACGAGAAGAUUGUGAUUCCAAACGGCAUUACAUGGAACGAACAGGACAACACCAUGCACCUGACUGAUACAACCGAAAAGAGAAUAUUAUCUUUUGCUUACCAUUCUAAGACGGGCGACAUUUCCGACAAGAAGAUCUUCUACGAUCAUUCCAAGUCUGGCCUUCCUGGAAACCCAGACGGUCAUACUCAAGAUUCUGAGGGCAAUCUAUGGCAGGCUCUCUAUGGUGGUUCGAGGGUAAUUCGUGUCACACCUGAAGGCAAGGUCACUGGCGAGGUCUUGCUGCCAACGAGGAACAUCACAUGCUGCGUUUUCGCAGGCACAGACCUUUUUGUCACUUCUGCUGUUGAGGAGGAUCCUGAGAACAAUCCAGAAUCUGCCAAGUACGCAGGUAAUCUCUUCAAGGUCAAUGUUGGAGUUGGCGGAGCACCUAGACACAAAGCCAGGCUCUCCUGA